CUGGGACGGGGGGAACUCUGUGUUGGGGUUCCUAGAGGUUAGUAUCCCCUGGAAGGGGGGACUCUGGUUCUCAGGGUCCCUGGGGGGUGGAGGAGUAGUGGCCCUGGAAAGAGAGUCUAUGGGUGUUCAGGUCCCAGAGAGAUAGUGUCCCUUGGAAGGGAGUGAUUGUGUGUUGAGUCCCCUGGGAGUUGGAAAUUGUAGGUCCCUGGUGGGGUGAUAUCCCGUGGAGGGGCACUCCCUUGGUAUUGGGGUCCCAUAGGGGGAGAUUGUGGGUAUUGUAUGUGCCUGGGGUGUAUCUCCUGGAAGGGGUGACUCAGUAGUGAGUACCCUGCUUCCCACUGAUCUCUGGGUGUGUGUGUGGGGGGGGUACAUUUGCGGCGGGGCCUGGGCCCCAAGCCACUGGGUGAGGAUGGCGUGGGCUCUGAAGCUGCCACUGGCGGAUGAGGUGAUUGAAUCGGGGCUGGUGCAAGAUUUCGAUGCCAGCCUCUCGGGCAUUGGCCAGGAGCUGGGCGCUGGUGCCUACAGCAUGAGUGAUGUUCUAGCCCUGCCCAUAUUCAAACAGGAAGAAUCAAGUUUGCCUCCCGACAACGAAAACAAGAUCCUGCCUUUUCAAUACGUUCUGUGUGCAGCCACAUCCCCUGCAGUGAAACUCCAUGAUGAAACACUCACCUAUCUCAAUCAAGGUCAGUCGUAUGAGAUCCGGAUGCUGGACAACAGGAAAAUCGGGGAGCUGCCUGAGAUAAAUGGGAAACUGGUAAAGAGUAUAUUUCGAGUGGUGUUUCAUGACCGGCGGCUACAGUAUACGGAGCAUCAGCAGCUUGAGGGCUGGAGGUGGAACAGGCCUGGGGACAGGAUAUUGGAUAUAGAUAUCCCUAUGUCUGUGGGUAUAAUUGACCCCAGGGCAAAUCCAACGCAACUAAAUACAGUGGAGUUUCUCUGGGAUCCUUCAAAGAGGACUUCAGUGUUCAUCCAGGUGCACUGUAUCAGCACGGAGUUCACCAUGAGGAAACAUGGUGGCGAAAAGGGAGUGCCCUUCCGAGUCCAGAUCGACACCUUCAAAGACAAUGAGAAUGGGGAGUACACUGAGCACUUGCAUUCUGCCAGCUGCCAGAUUAAAGUCUUCAAGCCCAAAGGAGCAGAUCGAAAACAGAAGACGGACAGAGAGAAAAUGGAGAAGAGAACUCCUCAUGAGAAGGAGAAAUACCAGCCUUCCUAUGAGACCACAAUACUCACAGAGUGUUCUCCGUGGCCAGAGAUCACUUAUGUCAACAAUGCACCUUCUCCUGGCUUUAACAGCUCCCACAGCAGCUUUUCCAUUGGUGAGGGAAAUGGCUCUCCAAACCACCAACCCGAGCCACCUCCUCCGAUCACAGAUGUAAGUCCCACCUCAAAUCUUAUGCUUGUGAACCUCCUGCCAACGACGACGCCUCAGGAAGCCCAGCAAUGGCUGCAUCGAAACCGCUUCUCCACGUUCUCCCGGCUCUUCACAAACUUCUCAGGUGCAGACUUACUGAAGCUAACCAGGGAAGACGUUAUCCAGAUCUGUGGCCCUGCAGAUGGCAUCAGGCUCUUCAAUGCGUUAAAGGGACGGAUGGUACGGCCAAGGCUGACCAUCUACGUGUGCCAGGAGCCUCAGCAGCUGAGGGACCAGCAGAAGCAUGAGGAUGGGGAGUCGGCAAACAGUACUUUCUUUGUAUAUCACGCUAUCUAUCUGGAAGAGCUGACAGCAGUGGAACUGACAGAAAAAAUAGCCCAGCUCUUCAGUAUCUCCUCUCGACAGAUCAGCCAUAUCUACAAACAGGGCCCUACAGGAAUACACGUACUGAUCAGCGAUGAGAUGAUACAGAAUUUCCAAGAUGAAUCGUGUUUUGUUCUGGACACAAUGAAAGCUGAAACCAACGAUAGCUACCACAUCAUCUUAAAGUAAGAGGGAACUGGAUUAGGAGAGAGCCCGUAGCCACCUCUCAUCACACACAAAGACCCAUCGCCUACUGCACAAGGAUGCAAGCAGAGAUCAGAAAUUCAUGGGAGGCUUCUGGAAAGAUCCUAAUUGUUGUUACUGCGCUGUAUCUUCUGGCAGGUGACCCCGCCCCCCUGUAGCUCUUCUGGCAUGCAGCCUGCUGAUGAUGAUAGCACACUGCUUAACCUCUGGAGUUUAAAAUGAAAGUAGUUGCAGAUGUGAGGCUAAACUUGCCAGGUUGUGUUGUCCUUAGCUAUUGAUAGAAACUUGCCUUUGUGUCUUGGGACCUGCGUAUGGGUUUGAUAAGUGUGUUACAUUUUGAGAGAGGUUGGCUCCUGUGAUUGUGCUGGAGACUCGCAAGUGAACAUCUAUUCUAAUAACUCAACCCAGCAACCUCUCUGGCAUACACAGCGACCUCUCAAACACCCUGCCCACCCCCCCACCCCAAAAUAACCUUCUAACUGCACUGAGGGAACUGUAGGGGGGGAAGCACUAUUUUUUAAGCUUCUUUUUGACAUUGGACAGCUGCAUUGUAAAGGCGUUAUUCUCAUUCUCCCAAUCCUUGUUGGUUUAGUUCCUGCGUGUGUGUGAAAGGGAUUGAUUGUAGUUCUGUCCUCCGUGUCAGUGUCAAGACUGUCAGGAACUAACUCCAGUCUCAUGGAUUUAUAAGAUCACUGUCUAUAUGGACAAACGUGGCUUUACUCUCAAAGGAACUGAAAUUCUUGAUCUUUGGGGUGGAGGGGAAGUGAUAAACUUCUGCUGUACCUUCAUUGUAAACUUGGGUGACAUUUUAUUGGUAUGUUGAUUUUUAUGUCUCAUUGGCCUGAAACUCACUUUUGGAGCUGGAACAGUAUGGGACGAGCACUGAAAAAGAUUUACAUAGCAAGAGCCUGCAGGCUGUGCUUAAAGCUACUGAAAACGCCAUGGCAACAAAAGGGCCUACAUACAGAUUUCCAGGACAGCAGCUGUUGGGUCUCUUGGGUGUGAAAUAAAUAAAUAAAUCUGCUUUCUAAAACAGA